UGUCAUUAAAUUACUGUACAGUAAGCUAAAGUCUUAAUAAAACGUUUAUAUCAAUAUCAACCAUGUAUAUCAAAGUUUUAGUUAUUUAUCUUAGUGCUAUUAUUUUAGUUAAAUCUGAGAAAAUAAGUUAUGAAGGCUACAAACUUUAUAAUGUUAUACCAAAAACAAAAGAUCAAGUGAUAAGUCUUCAACACAUUCAAGAAGAUGGUCUUGGAAUAUUCUGGGAAGAAAAUUUGGUUGUGAACAAUGAUGUAAAAAUAAUGGUUUCCAGUGAAAUGGAGAACACAUUUUUAGAUACUGUCAAAAGUGCCGGUUUGGAUGCAAAAAUAAUUAUUGAAGAUUUGAAACGAGCCAUAGAUGACCAGCUAACACCAGCUUCAUUACCCAGCAGAGACUCUUCCACCUUCCACUCACUUUCCUGGGACAGAUAUAACAGCCUCGAAGAUAUUUACACUUGGCUUGACGAACUGGCAGAAGCGUAUCCUGAUAUAGUUACUCCAAUAAGCAUUGGACCGACAUUUGAAAACAGAAGGAUACAAGGCGUCAAAAUAAAUUAUAGGCCAUUUAUAAGCUACCCUAACGUUGGUAUAUUAGAAAGUACCAUUCACGCCAGAGAAUGGAUUGCUCCAGCGACUGUUACUUGGAUCAUAAAAGAGUUUCUGACAAGUACUGAUCCGGAAAUAAGAGAACUGGCUGAGAGUUUUGAGUGGCACAUCUUUCCAGUAGCUAAUCCUGAUGGUUAUGCUUAUACUUUUUCCACAGACAGAAUGUGGAGAAAGAAUCGUAACACAUCCUACUUCACCUCGUGCAAUGCCACUGGAGUCUCUGAUGAUAUGAGCAAUGGUGUCGAUUUGAACAGGAAUUUUGAUUUCGUAUGGAACACGGCUGGCACACAACCUGAUCCUUGCAGCAACACCUACCCUGGACCAUCGCCGGCAUCAGAGCCAGAGACCCAGGCAAUUGUCCAAUAUGUCCAGAAUUUGAAUGAGGGAGCAAACCUUGUCUACUAUCUUGCAUUCCAUUCAUACACACAACUUGUUGUUGUACCCUUCAGUCACAUCAAUGGGUACGAUGCGAUGGUUGCUACCAAUUACGCUGAUAUGUAUGAAAUAGGCAUAAGGGGUGCUGACAGGCUGAAAAAGAGAUAUGGUACAGAAUACAGAGUUGGUGUAUCUCCUGAUGUUAUGUACGCAAUGAGCGGCACCAGUUUCGACUGGGUAAAACACGCCACCCAAGUGCCAAUAGCCUACCUUCUUGAGCUUAGAGACAUGGGUGAAUACGGGUUCCUCCUUCCGGCCAAUCAGAUCAUCCCCACCGCUCUGGAGACCAUGGACUUUCUGGUCGAAAUGGACAAGAACGCCAAAAUCAUGGGUUAUUACCAUUGGAUGAUCGCAAAACAAACGUUUGAUAACUACAAAGUGUAUAAAGUUGUACCAAAGACUGAUGAACAAGUGCAACAGUUGACUGAUUUGAAGAAAGGAUACGAUUUCUGGACUGAUGUUUUUACGGUCGACAAUGAUGUUAGAAUCAUGGUGCCACCUGGACAAGAAGCAGGCUUCGUCAAUUACACCAAGAGUGUGGGCAUGGAGCCGGAGAUGACAGUUGUAAAUGUGCAAGAGCUUAUCGAUGCUCAACUGAUACCAACAGAAGGCCGAUCAGAGACACUCGGUUCCUUUUCAUGGAAUAGAUACUAUAACUUAGAAGAAAUUCACGCAUGGCUUGAUGAGCUCGUCGAAUUAUAUCCAGGAGUUGUUAGCACUGUAACUAUUGGUCAAACCUAUGAAUCAAGAGCCAUUAAAGGCGUCGUUAUAGAUCUAAAAGCUGGUGAUAGAGAAGGUACACCUUUAGUGGGAAUGAUUGAAGGCGGAAUCCACGCGAGAGAGUGGAUAUCGCCAGCUACAGUGACGUGGAUUAUUAAGGAAUUUCUGACAAGUCAAGAUCCUGAUGUGAGGUUCAUGGCUGAAGCUUUUGUGUGGCACAUUUUUCCAGUGGUAAACCCUGAUGGAUACGCCUAUACGUUUACGAACAAUCGAAUGUGGAGAAAAAACAGAAACCCAACCAAUUUUGUUGAGACUUGCAAUGUCAGAGACAGCGGCAAUGGUAUCGACCUGAACAGAAACUUUGACUUCGUAUGGAACACUAUUGGCGCCUCAAACGACCCGUGUACCGAAAUCUAUGCCGGCCCUUCACCUUCAUCAGAGCUUGAAGCUCAGGCUAUCAUGAGAUACGUUCUACAGUUGAAGGCCAAUGGAAACUUCAUCUACUACUUCGCAUUCCACUCUUACUCCCAAAUGAUCCUGGUGCCUUACAGUCACGUCAGUGAUUUCGAUGUUCUAGAAGCUGCUAACUAUGCUGACAUGUACGAGAUAGCUAUCAGAGGAGCUGACAGACUAAGAGCGAGACAUGGUACUCAUUACACUGUGGGGACUUCUACGGCUAUUUUAUAUGCUGUAAGUGGAUCAAGUUUUGAUUGGGUCAAAGGCGUUGCAGACAUCCCCAUUGUAUACCUUUUCGAACUUAGGGACAUUGGCGAAUUUGGAUUCUUACUACCCACUUCUCAGAUCAUACCCAACAAUGAGGAGAUCAUGGACUGCCUCAUCGAGAUGGACAAGACGACCAGACAACUGAGAUAUUAUUCUGGCACUGAAAUUAUUUACAGAUCUAUCAUGUCCGUGAUUACGUCUCUAGUCUUCCUUGCUGUGUUCAAGUAGUUUUUCAUUACGUUAAUAAAUUAUAUUUAUACAUUUUUAAUAUAUCCUUCAUUUUGUUUAA